CUUGUUUGUUACCAUACCCAAUCCGCGAACAACAAUUUAGCUGAGCCGGUAAACGAGACUCGCCCGACGAUUUGUUUCGUGUUGUCACUGGCGCAGUGACAGUUAUGUAUUGAUGUUAGGCCUAUAUCUGUAUAGGAGUAUGGUAGCAUUAUUAUUUUUAUUAAUAAAGUUAGUAAUUUUUAGUGAUGCUGAAUAAAAGUUGUUAGAUUUGCUGGAAAAAAAAUAACAAUAUGUGAAAUGCAAAGAUAAGACAGUAAAGAUGGCUUUGUCUGAUAGUUUAGACUUUCUUGUGAGGAGACUUUGUGAAACAUGUAUGCAGAAUUCCCAGUCCAAUCUUAAUGACUCUUUUUACGAGUGCCAAAACAGAAAUGUUGAGCAAAAAGUAGUAGUGAAGCAGCUGAAGAAGAAGAUAUAUGGUACUCUACUUAAUUUGAGAAAUGAAGGAUCUGACAGUUGGUCACCACAAGAAUUAACAGAAAUUGACACUGUGCUAAUGGCUAUAUACAAGUUGCGUUUGGACCGGCAGUAUGAUAAAGCUAACAGAUUAGAAGUUUUGGUGGAACGACUGAAAGAUGAAAAUGGGCGUAUUCCAUAUGAUAUUCGAACAUGUCUUCGUUUCUUGGUUCUUCUUGGAUCUCCAGAGAAGUGUCAGUAUUCUCCAUUAAGUAGCUUCAGUGAGCAAAGUCUCCCUGCACUUAUUAAUCAGGAACGUAUAUGUAUUCUUCCUAAUGAGCCAUUGCAGUAUGGUGAUUCAAGGGUGCUAACUGAGUGGAAUCAUUACUAUAUGCAUUAUCCAAGAGAAGUUUUUGAAAAAGAAAUAGUACAGACUAUUGCUAGUCCAGAUGCCAGUAUUUUUGAAGCCAGUCCAGGCUUAGACCUCAAUGGAAAUGCAUUAUUGAGUAUUGGGACAGGAAAAUCAACUUUAACAAAGUCAUCAAUUUGUGCACCUUUAUUUGGUGCACUGUAUCGAAGGCUACCUCCCGAGGGCAUGUUUCAUGCACCACUUGACAUUAAACUCCAGAUUCCAGACUUGGAAGAAAACAAGCAGUCAAGAUUACUAGAAUUUAGAUUACAUGUAUCAACAAAUGAAGAAAAGCAAACCAAGGUGAUAGAAACCCCCUCUGAAGAUGAAGGAUUUAUUGAACUUGAGACUCCUGUUAGCAGUUUAUCAUCAAGUGCAGGAGUAGAGGAUAUUUGGCAAGCUGCACUUAAAAGCUCUCCAUCCUCAGUCAUUACCUGGGAAACUAUAGGAUGCUAUUCCUCAGUGAUGGAGAAGCCUUUCCUUACAGAAGCUGGUGGCAAAGCUAUUGACAUGCUUUACCAGACACUCAUGCGAGAAUUAUGUCUUUUAAAUCCAUCACUUAAACCACCUCCUCCAAUACUUAUAUCACAGCAAAAACUGAUAAAAGACAUAUUUUAUCUCUUAAUUGGAAUACCAUCAAAGACAUUUCAGCUUUCUAAGAGUACAGUAUCCUUCGCGUUACAAGAAGGUUUGUAUGUAGAAGGGCUGACUCCGGAUAGUCUAGGUAGAAUGUUGGCAAGCUUUCUUAAUAGUGGAGCAAACUACCUUCGUUUAGAAAGAUUUGCCACAGAAUCGGCCUUAAACUUACGACAUCCAGGAGGAUUGAUACUUCAGGCUUUUAAAGGAGGGCUUCGGCAAUACUUGCAGUGUUAUAGAGCCUCGGUGUUAGCUGUUUGUGAAGAACAAGACAAGAUGUUAUUACUUCAGUUAAAUCAUGUCACUAAAGGUUUACAACAACAGCUGAGUUUUUUAGCUUCCUUGUGUAAUUGUAAUUCAGAUAGAAGAGGAGAGCCAUCUGGUGGGGAGAUGCAAUUCCCAGUUGGUGUUGAUUUAAUAUCUCACCUAUAUGAAGAAACCAUAAUGAACUGGGGGCAAGAGUGCUUUUUAAUUCUUGUAUUUCUCUUGAAAUGUGCUUGUGAGCCUUAUCUGAGGUUUCUAGAAGAGUGGAUAUUUGAAGGAAAUUGUAAUGAUCCAUAUGGAGAAUUUCACAUCCAAGUAGAUGACCAGUUUCUUAUGGCCAGAGAUUAUACGUAUUGGAGUAACGGCCACAGCUUAUUUUAUAGCAGUGAAGAAAACAACUUUCCUGUGUUUUUACAUAGUGUGGCAAAAGAUAUUUUCUUGUGUGGAAAAUCACUCAAUCUUCUCAAGCAUUGCUGCCCUGAACAUUUCUUAUGGCAAAGCAGAAAGAAAAAUUUACAAUUACUUCUGACAUUUAGUGAAGAGAAAGUUUCUCAGAUAAGAAAAGAAAGUCAGGACUAUCGUUCUGAUAUGCUUGAGCAAGCCAAACAGAAGCAGUGUUCUCUUACGCAAUUAACCAAGACUGAAGAGGAGAAAAAGGAGGUUACUUCAACACGGCGGGGUGGUCAAGAGAGAGCAGCCUUCAUUGCAGAAAUCCAGAAAAAAAUAAUUGACAGAAAGAAUGUAGAAGCUCAGAAAAAGAGACAACUAUUUAAUGACUUAAAAAAUCAAAUUGAAGAAAAGGUUGCUCGAAGAGAACGACAAAAAGAAGAUGAUGCAGCAUAUCAAAGAAAAAUUGAAGAGGAAGCAAUGCAGAUAGCUGAAAUGGAAGAUCAGUUAAAAAAAGAUCUGACAGAUAAACACAGCAAACUCUUAGAAGAGGUUCAAAUUGAACAUGAAAGAUUGAAGUGGCAUGCCAAAAGGCAUUUUUUACAGUCUGCCAGGAUGGAGUUUUUACAAAAAGAAGACACAAAACUGCUGGAACUUUUAGAUGGCAAUACUCCAUCUGAUGACUCCCCUGUACAACACUUACAAAACCAUGAUGAAAAAGAUGUUAUUCUUCCAACAUGGGCACACCAGGCUUUGUUGGCUUCUUGCAAAGAAAAUUAUCAAAAACCAAUUGAUGAUAAUAAACAAACUCAUCUUCAAAAAGAUGAGUCUAUUGAUAGUCAUACUUCACCAUCGAGCAGUAGUAGUAUGAUUAUAAAUCACAAAAAUGUGUUGUUAGAAGGAAUGGAUGUAGAAAUAAAACCAAAUUUGUGCCCCACAAAUAUAAGUUUGUCGCUACUGUCCGAAAAAGGGCUUCCUAAUUGGGCAGUUCAAAAUGAUUCCAGUAAUAGCAAGAACUUUGAUAGUUCUGACAACAAAUUCUCAAGAUCCAAUGUUGAGAGGCAUCAGGAAUUUGAGUGUGAGGACUCUGGUAUAACAUUUCAUGAGAACAAAAGCAGACGAACUUGGCACCAACCUGUGACAACACUUGGCAGUCCUGAUGUAUAUGAACCUUCUAAGCUGUACUGUGAAGCUACUCAGUCGUGGAUGGGUCUGCGUGGAAAAAGUAAAUACGGACAUGUCUCAGACUCUCAAGCGCAAGACGUAAUUUACCCAGAUUUAGUUAAACCUAGCAAAAAUUUAAAUAUUCUAGACAUCAGAAGAGAAGUGUCUCUGGAAGAUAUUCAAGAGUCACUAGAUGAAGGAGUCCAAAGUCAACAGGAAAGUCAGAUAUAUUCGUGUAAAGACGAACUGGAUAACAAUAACACAGAAAAUGAAACAGCAGGAAAGAAUGUUUCUGAAUCAACUGUUCAGGAAAGUAAUGAUGAUGUUUGUGAUAGUGGCUUAGGAAGAGAGUUUAGCCGUUCUUUUACAGAUUCUACUAAGGAAAUCAGUCCUAAGGAACAGUUGUCAGCCAAAGAUGCCAUAAAAAUACAAGUUACUGCAGAUUCAACUCUUCCAUUUUCUGAUGACCAAAAAGUUAAAACCCAAUCACCAACUGUUCAACCAUAUAAAAAAGAGUAUCCAGAACUAGAACAAAAACCUAAUUCACAUACCCUGGAAAAAAUAGCUAUGCAUGAACGUGUGGAAAACUUGCUGAUGGAUGGUGAUAAAGAUAUCAACAUGUGUCAUUAUGUCCCCUUGUGUGAACUGUUACAGAGGUCUAUUUUACCUCCCCUUCAGGCACAAGCUAGCCUGGUUAAUCAAAGUGUUAUUAACUAUUAUCUGGGUGAAUUAAAUGUCAAAGAACAUUUUUCCACUCUUCGGAAUUUCUUCUUCUUCCAAGAUGGAGAAUUUGGGGAAGCACUGAGUCACCUUUUAUUUGAAAAGGUGUCCGUAUGUAGAGCCCCAGCAGAACUUCUAAAUCCAGUAACACUGAACUCAAUCCUUGCUUAUGCUUUAUCCUCAACAAUACAUGGUGACUCAGUAUUUGCUGAUAAUCUUAGUUUUGCUGUUAAAUUUGUUCCAUCAGCAUUUCCACAGAGUGCUGCCAGUGUUCUGAACUGUUUAGAGCUGAGAUACAAGGUUGACUGGCCAUUGAAUAUAGUAAUCACAGAGGAAGAUCUUGACCAAUACAACAGAGUCCUAGGGCUCCUUCUUCAAAUGAAAAGGGUUCUUUGGACUCUGACAGAUGUAUGGUUUCACAUGAAGAAAACAGCAAAGUAUCACAACUUACACAGUAGUCGACAGUAUCGACAACUUCACCUUUUUCGACAUGAGAUGCAACACUUUGCACGAGUGAUGCAGUCUUAUCUUGCCAGUCAGGUUCUUCAACUUACCUGGCAUGAAUUUCAGUUAGCUCUGAAACAGAAGGUUCAUAGUCUUGACGAUCUCAGGGAAGCUCAUGUGGCCUACCUACAAAAAGCUUGUUUUCGAUGCCUCUUAACAAAGAAAGCUACACCUGUAAUGAAGAUUAUUCAGAACAUAUUUAACCUGAUUCUAAAGUUUCACAGCCAGUUACUGUUUUCCCCCUGGCAACAGCAGCCUGACAGUUCUGAACUAGAACAUCCAUCAUUUCCAUCACUUGCAGCUUCCUAUAAGCUUUUCAAGGAAUACUCUAAUUUCCUCUAUAAAGCUUGGCUCUGCAAGGCUGUAGGGGCACCCAGUGACGAAGAAGCUUGUCGCCAGAGGGUACCAAUCACACUUAAUCGACUUCUUAGUGAUGCUGGACUUUGAUGAUCACAUUGAAGAAGGAAGGUUCUCUGAUGUUAUUCCGACAUGAAAUCAAUGUUGUUUUUAUCUCCUAGAUGUAACUUGAUAUUUAUUAAAAUAAGUGUGCAUGCUUAAAUUAGAGUGUAACACAUUUGUUUUUGUGAUAAUCACUGAUUACUGAAGUUGUAGGAUGUAAUUAUGUUCUGUACAACUUGUAUGUACUACAAAGUAAAAUAUGUACAUUAUGUAUGAGGUUAUUUAAAACAGGUCAUAUUGGAACUUUCAGUGGAAACCAGAGUUAAGGCAUUAAAACUUCUGACCUACAUUUUUGUCCUUGUUUUUUCUUUCUCAUCUUGAACAGCUUAUUCUGAAAAAACAAAAUCAACCAGUUGUGUUUGAAUUGUUUAAACUGAUGUGUGUUACAUCUUAAGAAGAUGACUGGAAAAGUUUUGUGGGCUUCACAUGCUUGGAAUAUUAAAAUUAAUUGAUGUUUAUUCUCAGUGUUGGUUAAAUUUGUUUGAAUACUGUAUUAUGGGACUUCACGAAUAUUGUGUUUUAAAUUUUCUCAGUACUGGUAUGAAUAAUAGAAAGGUACAGUUCUCUUUCUGUAGUUCAGAAUCACUUGCUUGUUAAUCCAAGAUGUUUUGAUGAAGCUAGUACAUGGAUUAGGGAUUUUAUGACAGAGUCUUGGGUUCCUCUGUAUUCCAAAAUGAAAAACAGUAUCCUCAAACUUGAAAAAAAAAAACGUGUAUACCUAAGAAAUUUCUUUUUGAGAAAUUAUGUAGAAUUAAAUUGUUUGGAAAUUUA